CUUUGAUUCUCGCCAACCGUCCUAGGGAUGCGCCGUGGUACCCUCUGGUGGUUAGCUCUUGCGAGGCCUCGCAAGCCUCGCCGGACUCUUCCGGGGGCUAGACUUUCUGCGUUUGCUGAAGUUGAACAAUUCUUACAUGUAGCACCCAAUCAUCAUGCUUCCACCCCUACGACUACCCCCGGAGGACGCGCUACCACUCAGGAUACGGGAGCAUCCCCGCUAUCACGAGAUCUCCAGCGGCUAUAACUCGUGCCGAAACCUUGAAUGGAGCAUUCAACGCGAGAUUGACCUGGGAAAAGAUUUGGAGAAGGACUUGAUUCACCGUAGAAUCCUGGGCUACCUCUUUCAUCAUUUUCCCGCUCGCGACAUCAAACCCUUUGUCAGAGAGAUCGUAACAACAAAUGCUGUUGCUCGUGACGUACUUAACGAGCCCAGUUAAGUCUAACAAAGGCCGCACUCCGGCGCGGUCGCAUCACCCAUCGCGACCCUCAUUUGACAGGCUCGCAGAUGAGAUAGAGCCCAAACUGAAAGAACCCCCUCAAAAUCAUCAAACGGCUAAAACACGUGCCCUCGAAGGGGACAACUUUCAGUGUACUAUCACAAAGCAGUCUGAUUUCGGCGCCAUCUUGAACGAUACAGAGUUGGAAACGAUGGUUAUGCGAGAAGGAGACGAGGGAGUGUUCACUCACCCUUGACCGCUUUGGUUACUCAACGCUACGAGAGGAGCUCGACGGUUCCAACAUACAUCGACUAGAAAAUAUAGUGACGAUGGAAGUAUCGCUUCAUUCCCGUUUUGAUCGAUUGUGGAUUUGGUUUAGUGAAACGGAAGAACCCAACACGUAUAAACUCGAAGGAGCUCGGGACGUGUUCACUUCCCAACUCCCGAAGUAUGUAACCUUCUCCACCCCGGAUCCGGAGAACCUUCCUCUUCCUGGCCCAACUUACCUUGCCAUCCAUGCCGCUUGCACCAAAAUUGCCUAUCUCUCCGGUGCGAAUAAUCCAAAAAAUACAAAUAUUUAGACACAUAGAAGACACCCAUGUCUUACCGGAG